AUGUUUUUCAGCCUCGCAGAAUGUGCUGAAGAAGUAGAUGAUAUGAAACCAGGCUGGAAGAAAGAAACUGUGAAGAACGAAAGAGAAUUCGAACGAGAGGAAUUUUCCUCAGAAGAGGGAGAAAAGAAGAGUGCAGAGGAAGUGAUGGGGGUGGUUCGAUUGAAUGAGCAACAAAUACAAGAGGAGAUCGAACGUUUACGGCAAGAAAAAGCGGGCAUCAUGGAAGCUUUAUCGACGAUGCAAAAUGUUUGUUUAAUUAUUUGCGAGCAGUGA